CACAUGACCCUGAAGGAGUCCCUGGACGAGUGCAUGGAGGCGCUGGAUCUCUUCCUCAACAACCACUUCAACGAGAGCCUGGAUCUGCUGCGGCCAAGAGUGAACGACAGCAUGUACCACGCUCUUAUCUACGCCACGGUGCUGGAGAUGCAGGCCAUGAUGACGUUCGAGCACGAUGACAUCACCAACGCCGGCCUCACCAUGAAGAGCGCCGCGGAGGUCUGUCAGAGGUUUCGACGGAAAUCCUCGAACAAGUCGGACGGAGACUCGCUCACGGAAGUGCAGCUUCACGCAGAAGUGUGUUACGCAGAGUGUCAACUCCAAAGAGCUGCUCUCACCUUCCUGCAGGAUGAGGACAUGGUGAGUUUCAUCAAAGGAGGGAUCAAAGUACGGAACAGCUACUUGAUUUACAAAGAACUAAACGCCUCCAUUCAAUCCAACAACUGCCUCAAAGGACCCAGCCACCUGCACCUAGCGGGGGGGAUAUCGUUUGGAGUCGGGGCUUUUAACCUGACUCUCUCUCUCUUUCCUCCUCGGAUUCUCAGGCUCCUGAAGUUCGCCGGCUUUUCAGGAGACAAGGAGUACGGUCUGUCGCUGCUGCAUGACGGAGCCACGGGGAUGAACCUGCGCUCCAUGCUGUGUGCUCUGCUCCUGCUCUGCUACUACACCUUUCUCACCUUCAUCCUAGGUAGGACGGGUGAAGGAGAAGUGGCUGAAGCUGAAGGGCUGCUGAAACCGUUUCUGCAUCUCUACCCGCAGGGAGCGAUAUUCCUCUUCUUUGCAGGAAGAACUGAAGAAAUCAAAGGGAACAUUGAUGAGGCGGUGGUGCUCUUCGAAGACGGCUGCAAGGCCCAGCAGACGUGGAAGCAGUUCCACCACAUGUGCUACUGGGAGCUGAUGUGGUGCUUCACCUACAAGCGAGCGUGGAAAGUUGCGUACUUCUACGCCGACCUGCUGAGCAAGGAGAGCCGCUGGUCCAAGGCCAUGUACGUGUACAUGAAGGCUGCGUACCUCAGCAUGCUGCCGAACGACGAGUCCAGGCCGUUCGGAGAAGACGAAGUAGAACUCUUCAGACAAGUUCCCACCUUCAAGCAGAAGAUCGCAGGGAAGUCCCCCCCGACGGAGAAGUUUGCGAUUCGUAAAGCCAGACGCUACAAGUCGUCGCGCCCGGUCAGGCUACCGGUGCCAGUGCUGGAGAUGAUGUACAUGUGGAACGGUUUCAGUAUGAUCAGCAAACGGCCGGAGCUGACGGAGGGCCUGCUGCAGACUUUGAUGGAGGCAGAGCGCAGCCUGCAGGAGUCUCCUGAAAACGAGUAUUCAGUGGACGACCGCUGUCUGAUCCACCUGCUGAAAGGUCUGUGUUGGAAGAACCAGGGUCAGCUGGACGCUGCUGAGGAGAGCUUUAAGAAAGUGUGUUCCAGUGAGAAGAAGAUCAGGUUCGACCACUACCUGGUGCCCAACUCUGUGGUGGAGCUCGGUCUGCUCUACAUCGACCAAGGCAGGAGGGACGAGGCCAUCAAGCUGCUGCACAAGGCAAAACAAAACUACAAGGACUACUCCAUGGAGUCUCGCACUCAGUUCAGGAUUCACGCGUCUCUGGCCAAACUCAAGGCGGAUCCGGGUGAAGACGCAGACACUCACCUCUGAGACGACCUUCUCCACGACUGCAAAGGCUCCUCCCACACAAGCUCUUCCACAUCCCUCACUGUUGUCAGCCUCGUUUUUCAAGAAGUGAAUACUGAAGUAUUUAACGUGUGCUUGUUCAACCCACUUUUAUAAACUGAAUCUUCGGGAGGAGCUGUCCGGUCCAUUCUGGCGUCAGAGAUCAACAUUUAAUAACCAGGGACCUCGAACUUCUCUGAUAAGUUAACACUUGUAUUUUAUGGUCAAUGUUUUUGUU